CUCCAUGUGGUGUGACCUGGUAAUUGAUAUCGUUUUCUAAAGAUAACUUUUAGAAAGCGAUAUCAAGCUAAGAGCUACAAUAAAAAGAUUUAUAUAUUUUUUAAUUGGGAAACAAUAGUUUAAAUUCAGAAAAGUAUUUUCGGGAUUGCAAUAUUACCAUAUAGAACGUAUAACUAUAGUAAUUUUAUAGUUCCUGAAAAAGGAACUUGUAUGAUUUUUGACUAAUUACAAAUGACUAAUUACCUCCUUCUUUUCGAAGUCGGUUGACUGUCGGUAAAGUUUUCGACGCUCGCAUCACCUUAAUAACUGUAUCAUUAUUUCUAUGGUACAUUUAUUAAUUAUACAGUAAAUAAUACGAGCGAAUUGGCUGCGAAAUUUAUGCUUGUUUUUCUAUUUAAUCUCUGUUACAUAUUUUUCAAGAACUAUGCCUUUCAAAUUCUGAAGUGUAUCACAUUGCAACUACAAUUUUACGGAACGAAAAUUAAUAAUAAUGAAUGGAUGGUCAGUAUUGUUUAAUUAUGUAUUUAUACAUAUAGCUAUCGUAGCAUACACGUGUCAUUUAGGUGUAUGCGAAAGGUGACGUAGUAUAGCAUGCUGUUAGUUGAUAGGGUUGAUAGCAUGCGAUAAUUGAGAUGGCGCUUCUUCAGGUGGCGCUUAAAUCAGUUUCUGUUCGACCUACUUUUCGAUGAAACGUUGACUGUUUUACCGACGUGGAAUUCGAAGUUCGGCCUCGACGCUCGCAUCGCCUUAAAUGUCAUCGUAGUAAACUAAAGCCCACUUUGGUUAUCUGUUUUAAAUGAGUUUUUAUCCAUGAAAAAGUUAAAAUAACAUGUGAUAUUUGUUCAUAAAUUAUUAAGGAAAACAUAUUUUCCUAAGUUAUUAUUGGCUCAGUGGAAGAACAUUGUACAAUGUUCUCUGCAUUUAAAAGAUUAGCUGGAAAAUCAGAUGGAGUUGGCAAUGUAUCUCCUAGACCGGCUCAUCAAUCUAUGCCAACUACGUUGCAAAGAAAAUUUGCUAAAGGUGUACAAUAUAAUAUGAAAAUUAUUGUAAAGGGUGAUAGAAAUGUGGGAAAAACUUGUCUAUUUCAUAGACUUCAGGGCCAAAAAUUUAUAGAAGAAUAUAUACCAACAGAAGAAAUACAAGUGACUAGCAUUCAAUGGAAUUAUAAAGCUACUGAUGAUAUUGUUAAAGUUGAAGUUUGGGAUGUUGUAGAUAAAGGUCGACGUAGAAAAAAGUUAGAAGGUUUAAAAAUGGAUAAUUCACCUGCAGAGAAUAUUAUUGAGGAGCCUGCUUUAGAUGCAGAGUUUCUUGAUGUUUAUAAAGGGACCAAUGGUGUUAUCAUUAUGAUGGACAUUACAAAAUCUUGGACAUUUGAUUAUGUACAAAGAGAACUUCCAAAAAUUCCUAGUCAUAUUCCAGUGAUUGUCUUAGGAAAUCAUUGUGAUAUGGCGCAUCACAGAACGGUUACAUCAGAUCAUGUAACAUACUUUAUUGAUUCUUUACAUGAAAGAACAGCACAAGUGAGAUAUGCAGAAUCAUCUAUGAGAAAUGGAUUUGGAUUAAAACUUUUGCACAAAUUUUUUAAUCUUCCAUUUCUUCAACUGCAACGAGAAACGUUAUUAAAACAACUUGAUACCAAUGAGGAAGAAACACGUUUGACAGUACAGGAACUCGACCUCUUUCAGGAUAGCGACGAUGCCAAUUAUAAUAAAUUCUUGGAUAAUCUUGUUAACCGAAGAAGAGCCCUUGCUGAUUCUGUUUCUGCCACCACUCUAGUCCCUAAUAUUACAUCUUCUUUGAGUAAUCAUCAUAUGUUAUCUUCAAAUGGUAAUACGAAUACAAAUAUUGAAGUUAAAAGAUCAAUUUCCAUGCCUGGUCCUAUAGGAGGUGGAACUCCUAUUCCAGUUAAAAGCAUAGAUUUAAAAUCACCACCAAAGAAGGACACUUUUAUAAAUACCUUGGAAAAUCAAGCAGUUCCUAUUAGAAAUUCGCAGACGAUAUCGACACUAUCGGUUGUACAAAAUAUUUCAAAGACAGAUCCUAAAAUGACUGAACUUUUAAAUGAUAAUUCUGAUAGAAGAGAUUCUAUUAAUAAAUCACAAUCACUUAUGUCAAAGAUAUUUGGUAAUAAUAAAAAGGAAGAUGAAAUAGACAAAGGAAUACAUGUUAACAGUACAAGUACAAACGUACCACUCACUAGUGUUGAAGAUUUUAUACCGGAUGACGGGCUCCUAGACCGAUCGUUCCUAGAAGAUAACAGUCAUGUGUCGCCACAAAAAGUACAACACGAAGAAGCGGAUACUGAAAGUGACAUUGAAACUGCGAAUCCUUUGGUUGCUGGUUACGAGGACGAUUUAUCAUCGGCUGAUGAGACAACACCUCCUAUUCAACCAAAAUUAGCUGAAAAUCCUUUGAGCAAACAGAAACACAAACGCGAGACUUUAUCAAAUACGGAAAUAAAUUCGGAACAAUUACGACAAACUGUGAAACGCGAUUCUGUUUCAUCCAUAGAUCAAGAAAUAGAAAUAUCCAACAACUAUGAUGUAAAUGAGCAGCCGGAAAUUAAUUCUGAUGCAUUUGAUAGCUGGCUCCGACGAGAUUCUAAAUGGAGACAAAGCCCUGAAGGCGGGGAAGAUGUGAGCAGUAAUAGUACUAGAAAAGAUAGACUGGAAUUGAGCGACAAAAGUUUAGAUGUUAGCGUAACGAGUUCUAAUGUUCAUUUAGAAUUGCUCGAUAAUACCAGUGUACGUCAUAUGAGUUCUGAUGGCGGUAGUCCUGUACUAAAAGAAAAGAAAAAACACAAAGAGAAGACGGAAGAUAAAGAAAAAAAGAAAAAGAAAAAAUCUAAAGAUAAAGAAAAAGAUAAGGAGAAAACAGAUAAAGGAGAUAAAAAAAAGAAACGUUCGCUACAUCGUUCAAAGGAUGAAAAUAGAGAACGCGAUGAACUUGAAGAAUUUCUAAAUGGUUCUGUUACUAGAAUUGGUGUUGAUGUUGCCUAUGAAGCAAUAUAGCAAUUUUAAAUAUUGUUUAAUCGUACUACUAAUUAGUAACGCUGACUUCUGGUAAGGCACGUAAAAUGUUAACAUUGAACGAUCUUUAACGUUGAAUUGUCAAAGAAAUAAAUUACGUACUAAUGCUUGCAGAUACUUCAAAGCAAGCGAUAUAUCAUGUAAAAAUUUUGUUGAAAUUCUUUAUAUGAUAAAAUAACUUUACAAAUCAUAACAAAGAAGUUCUAGUAAAGUGAUUUUCAAUCGGAAA